AUGUGCCAGAAGAGAAUGACUCUGAGAAACAGCUCCUUASUGACCGAGUUUAUCCUUCUGGGAUUAUCAGAACAAUCAGAGCUCCAGCUCCCUCUCUUCCUCCUGUUCUUGGGGAUCUAUAUAUUCACUGUGGUGGGCAACUUGGGCUUGAUCACCUUAAUUGGGCUGAAUUCUAGUCUUCAUACCCCAAUGUACUUUUUCCUCUUCAACUUGUCCUUUAUAGAUCUCUGUUAUUCCUGUGUGUUUACCCCCAAAAUGCUGAAUGACUUUGUGUCAGAAAACAUCAUCUCCUACAUGGGGUGCAUGACUCAACUGUUUUUCUUCUGUUUCUUUGUCAAUGCCGAGUGCUGUGUCUUGGUAUCGAUGGCCUAUGAUCGCUACGUGGCCAUCUGCAACCCUUUGCUGUACACUGUCAUCAUGUCCCCUCAGGUCUGCUUUUUGCUCAUGAUUGGCUCCUAUGUGAUAGGGUUUGCUGGGGCCAUGGCCCACACUGGAAGCAUGCUGAGACUGACCUUUUGUGAUUCCAAUGUCAUCUGCCAUUACCUCUGUGAGGUUCUCCCACUUCUGCAGCUCUCCUGCAGCAGCACCCACAUCAAUGAGCUUGUGUUCUUCACGGUUGUUGGAGUGGUCAUCACAGUGUCCAGUGUCAGCAUCUUCAUCUCUUAUGCUUUGAUUCUUUCCAACAUUCUUCGAAUUCCUUCUGCUGAAGGACGAUCCAAAGCCUUCAGCACAUGUGGCUCUCACAUAAUUGCUGUAGCUCUGUUUUUUGGGUCUGGGGCGUUUACUUACUUAACAACCUCUUUUUCUGGAUUGAUGGAGGAAGGCAAGUUUGCUUCAGUCUUCUACACCAACGUGGUUCCCAUGCUUAACCCUCUGAUCUACAGUUUGAGGAAUAAAGAUGUUAAACUAGCCCUAGAUAAAACCCUGAAGAGAGUACUCUGCUAAUGAGUCUUUUGUAUCAUUGUCAAUUAAUUUU